UCAGCUUAAAACACAGGAUUUGGGUGCAAUAACUGUAGUAACUCUUCCUGUACCUUGGUCUUCUCUGGAAAGAAGAAACAAUGGCUGAAUCUCAAUGCCCUGCUUCUCCUUCCUCAAGGAUGGAUGAGAGGAAGCCAUUGGAAGCCAGGAGAAAGAUGUUUAGGAGAAAGCCUUUGAAUCCGAAACCUUCGUUGCAGAAGAGAAAAGAACGACCUUCAAGAAAUACCAAGACAUUCACAAGUGAAUCAGAGGGGGCAGUGAUCAUUGGACAUAAUGAAGGUAUCCAAUUUAGGUCCUCCGCUAUGGAAAGGGCAAAAGAGGUUCAAGAAAACCUAGGAGUCGAAUUCCCUUCCUUUGUGAAGUCCAUGCUGCGAUCUCAUGUUGCGGGAGGAUUUUGGCUGGGUUUACCCAAGCGAUUCUGCGAUUUGAAUUUACCCAAGCAUGUUGAGACUAUUAUUUUGGUCGAUGAAAGGGGCAAAGAGUACAGAACAAAGUAUCUUGCAGAUAAGACUGGACUGAGUGCUGGAUGGAGAGGGUUUUCCAUAGCACAUGAAUUGGCUGAGGGUGAUGUUAUAGUUUUUCAACUGGUUCAAGCUUGCAAGUUUAAGGUGUAUAUUUUGAGAGCAAAUGCUUUCACCGAGGUAGAUGGAGCUACUGGCCUCUUAAAUGUGGAUGCUCAAAUAAAAACAACAGAUGCUGAUCAAGAUCAGAAUUUGGAGGUCCAUGAUAAUGAAGGCAAGGAAUCUAUUGACCAAGUUUCACUGGAAUUCCAUCAUGAUAAUGCCCAAGAGCACAGCGCAAUGAUUUUGGACGCCAGUGCUGAGCCUGCCACAGAUCAAUCUGUGAAUGAAAGUGAAGGUUCUGGCUCCAAACUGUUGGCAGGCAUUAGAUUUGCAGAAUCUGUUGUUGACUUCAAAGACAUAAAGAGCAUCGACGAUUUCACCAUCGUGGCGGAUGGCCUAGUCAUCGACUCAGAGAUACCCCGUCAAGUAUGGACAAAAUACUAUGAGCUUUGCCGCCAUAAAAAAUCGUUCCUCCAUGGUCGUCUACUUCAGGGGCUCAACUGCAGACUAAUAGCGGGCAUCAUUUCUGAAACUGUCAACAUUGCAGAUGCCAUUAAGGCUUCAAAGAUUACAACAUCUCGGCGCCAUUUCACGACCUGGGACAAGACCCUGAAGGCAUUCGAGGACAUGGGCAUGGACGUUGGCUUCCUGCGUGCAAGGCUUGAUCGCCUUUUGAGCCUUGUGAUUGAACAAGAGGUUUUGGAAGCUAAGAAACUUGAACGAUCUCAGGUAGAGGCGGAGAUGAGAACUCUUGAGGUGAAGCUCUGUAACCUAGAGGAAGAGAUAGAGGACAUACAGGCGAAUUGCAGCAAGCUGGAGGUUAUCUUAAUGGAAGAGGCUAAUGCUCCAUGGUGAAACAUUCUGCAUUUUGUGACUAUAGAUGGGGUAGGGGUAGGGCCUUUUUGUUCUUUUUCAGUGGAAAUGGAUGAAAAAGGAUGGAAUAUGUAUAGUGGAGCCUUCCUACGCGCAGGGAAGCAACUUGCAAUUCACACGCAAGCUUUUGAACGAACUCAUGAGAUGACCUUUUCAACUUUUUUGUUUUGUUUUUUUUGGCCAAACCAAGAGGAAAUAGCCGGGAAGUUUUUGACAAAUGUAAAGCAUAUUAUUCAGUAUAAUAUCAGCGGAGGGUACUCUAUAAGAGUUAUAUUAUAUAACAUA